GAAACGCAAUGUCUGACAGAUUCCGAAAAUCUGGCAUGAGGUUCUGCUUGCAUGCCCUGCUGACCUACCACGCCUUUCCUAACCGUAUUUUAGGGCUGGCGUGGACCGGAGCUAUGUGUUCAGAUGUGUCUAACAGAGUAGAAGAAACUACUUCACUUACCACAGGUUUAGAUGAAAAACAUGGGCCAGUGCAUAAUCUCAAAGUUAACUUGGUUCUGGCACAUGGCCACAACUUUGGCAGUAGCCAUGACCCAGCAACGGCUGAGUGUUCACGUCCAUCCAACCAGGGUGGGAACUUCCUCAUGUGGGCAAAGUCUGUCUCUGGAGAACAUCCCAACAACAAGUUGUUCUCACCAUGCUCCAGAGUAGCUAUUGGAAGACAACUAAUGAUGGCCACCUGUUUAACGAGUAACGAUGUAAACCAUGGCUUCUGUGGCAACAGCAUUCAGGAUCAUGGCGAAGAGUGUGACGCAGGUGCUGAUGGAGCCUUGGAUUUAGAUGAGUGCUGUUCGGCCACCUGCAUGCUGCGCGAUGGAGCAAUCUGCAGUGACGCAAUGUCCCCUUGCUGUAAAAAUUGUAAGAUGGCUGAGAAGGAUAUUGUGUGUUCUGAUGAAGGGGAUUACAGCUGCAUACAGAAGUCAUUUUGCAAUGGGAUGUCACUUGACUGCCCAGAGGCUGCAAAAGGAAAGGAUUUUACAAGCUGUUUUGAAGGAGGGACCUGCUACAAUGGUAGCUGUGUUGGCUUCUGUGAACUAGAAUCAAUCAACAGCAAUUUUUCAGUCGUUCUAAAGCCCUGCUUGUGUGCUGUCCAUGAUAAAACAGCAUGUACAUCCUGUUGCUUUGACGCCACUGACCCAGAUAAACCUGGGCCUUGUUUAUCAAGAUCUGAGGAGGUCCACAAAGAUGGACACCCAUGCUAUUAUGGCUUUUGUGAGAAUGGCGAGUGUAAAUCACAUGUCACGUCUACUGUCAAACGAUUUUAUAGCUAUUUAACCUCCAUACCUACCGAUAAAUUAGACCGGUUCAUAAAAUCAAAUUUAGUUAUGGCUAUAAUAUUAAUCACUCUGAUGCUCUGGAUCCCGUUCUCAUGUUUCGUCUUUUUAAAUGAUCUUCGACAACGAGCACGCAGGGAGAGGUUAUUUAUGAUAUUCUUCGCUGGUAGCGGAGAGACCAAAAAGGAAUUAAAGAAGAAAGAGAGUUCCUUUCUACAAUUACUGUAUCUUAAGGGCCAGAGACCUUCAGCUGACCAAUCAGGGACCUCAGAACAGGAAAUCACAUGAACAUCGAGCCAGGAAAAUUAGUGUUGACAGUGUUAAGAUUAGUAGUUUGGUGUAUAAACUAUUAUUUGCAUUGAGUUAAAAAUACUGUUUACACCAUGUAAAUAAAACCAUUAUGUUUACAUUAUGUGUACAUUUAUUUUUAAAAAAAUGUUUUUUACAUUAAAUAAUGUUAUUAUAUCUGGAUGAAUAAAAAAUUGAAUGAUUACAUUAUGUAAGUGAAACUAAUGUAUAGGCCUACAUUAUGGGCCUACACUAUCAUGUUACUACUAUUAUCCUUACAUGAUUU